AUGUCGACCGAGGCUCUCACAAUUCUAGGCCCGCCUACUGCGCUCGAUGUCACCAACGGCUCAGCAUCAACUGUUGCGUCCGAACUAAAGUCUGAUGCUAACUGCCCAUUUUCAAAACCAUCCCCAAACUCUUCAGCAGCCACUACACUAUCAUCUAACCUAGCCAAUCUCCCGCCUCUCCCCUCUUUAACCCACGAUGAAUUCGAAGAUCUAGACCCAAACUACUUGAACUACCUUGCAACAAUCAACUAUUACGCCCUGUCCACUAACAGCACACUAAUCCAAGAAACUCGCCCAACCCCCGUAUCCCGUACAUCCAUCCUCCUCUUCCUAGAAUACUUCUACACCCUCCGCAAACACCUCACUGCUAACUUAUCUAUCCUGGAAACGUAUCCAGGGACGUCGUUGGCGAGAGUAGAUGAUAGUGCGACACACAAGUCGAAAGCGUUUACGCCGUUGGAAAAGCUGCAAAAUGAGUCUUCUAUACACCACAUCGCCAUCAACGAGACUCUACGGGCUGUGAAUAGUAAUUGGGCGUGCCAUGCCUUUGGAUUGCCAGACCCCCUAAGUAGUGCAAGCGAUAUUAGACAGGAUAGGAGCUAUUUUGCGCAUACUUUUCUCUUAUCGAGGGGUAAGGGCAUUCAAUUGGUGUAGGCGGUGAAAGGG